AUGAGUGAAGGACAGCGGUUUCAGCUGGGAACAAUCGGGGCGUUAGGUUUGUCUGUGGUUUCUUCGGUUUCGAUUGUAAUUUGCAACAAAGCGCUCAUCAGCACCCUUGGUUUUACGUUCGCUACAACUUUGACAAGCUGGCAUCUUUUAGUCACAUUUUGUUCACUACAUGUGGCAUUAUGGAUGAAAUUUUUUGAGCACAAACCUUUUGAUCCUAAAGCUGUAAUGGGAUUUGGCAUAUUGAAUGGGACCUCUAUUGGGCUUUUAAACCUUAGCCUCGGUUUCAAUUCUGUUGGCUUUUACCAGAUGACCAAAUUAGCAAUCAUCCCAUGCACUGUUCUUUUAGAGACUCUUUUCUUCAGCAAACAAUUCAGCAAGAAGAUCCGUUUCUCACUUACUGUUCUUCUCAUGGGAGUUGGUAUUGCAACUGUAACUGACCUACAACUCAACAUGUUGGGCAGUGUUUUAUCCCUGCUAGCAGUCCUUACAACUUGUGUUGCUCAGAUUAUGACAAAUACAAUCCAGAAGAAAUACAAGGUUUCAUCAACUCAACUUCUAUACCAAUCAUGCCCUUAUCAAGCUCUUACAUUAUUCAUCGUGGGCCCAUUUUUAGACGCCCUUUUGACAAAUAAGAACGUUUUUGCCUUCAAAUACACUCCUCUAGUCCUGGGGUUUAUUGUCCUUUCUUGCAUGAUAUCAGUAUCAGUAAACUUCAGUACAUUCUUGGUGAUUGGAAAAACAUCUCCUGUAACUUAUCAAGUAUUAGGUCAUUUAAAAACAUGCCUAGUUUUAGCUUUUGGAUAUGUUUUAUUACAUGAUCCAUUUAGUUGGAGAAACAUUCUUGGAAUCCUCAUUGCUGUUGUUGGCAUGGUGCUUUAUUCUUAUUUCUGUACCCGUGAUGCUCAACCAAAAGUCAUCGAACCAUUAACACAAUUAUCUCAGGAGAGCGAGAGUGAUCCUUUGAUAAAUGUGGAAAACGGGGUGAACACUGUAAGCGAAAGUAGUCCUCAGAAGUUAGGUGUGUGGAGUUCAGAUAAAGAUUUGCAUGCGUGAAGAGGUUGAUUUUUGGGUGUUUAGAUAAAAUUAUUAUAAUGGAAAUGGAAAUGAGAAGUUUUCAAUCCGGUAAUGAAGAUGUUACUGUGAUGGGAAUGGAAUGGGUGAGAGAGAAUAUUGAUGAGUUGUUAUUGUAUUAUUUGACAGAAUUUACACGUGAGAAAUAUUGGGUUUGUUUGUUUGUAUGAGUAGAAGAGUAUCUUGGCAUUUAGUUAUAAUAUUGUAUUUUGAUAGAACAAGUUAAGAAGAAAGAAGAGAAGAAGAGAAUUAUCUUGUUUAUUGUUGGUUUUGUAGAUGGUUAUGGAUUGGAUGCAAAUAGCUAUGUUAUACUUAUAAAAGCUUCAUUAUAAAAUUGCAAAAAGUUUCAUUACAUGCUUGUAUUCCAGAUCACUUAUUGUGUUCUGGAACCAAAUAAAAGCCACUUAAG